AUGGUGGUGGUGGUGAUGAUGGAAGUGGUGUUGGCGAUAGAAAUGGUGGUGGUGGUGAUGAUGGAAGUGGUGUUUGGCGAUAGAAAUGGUGGUGGUGGUGAUGAUGGAAGUGGUGUUGGCGAUAGAAAUGGUGGUGGUGGUGAUGAUGGAAGUGGUGUUGGCGAUAGAAAUGGUGGUGGUGGUGAUGAUGGAAGUGGUGUUGGCGAUAGAAAUGGUGGUGGUGGUGAUGAUGGAAGUGGUGUUGGCGAUAGAAUGGUGGUGGUGGUGAUGAUGGAAGUGGUGUUGGCGAUAGAAAUGGUGGUGGUGAUGAUGGAAGUGGUGUUGGCGAUGAAAUGUGGUGGUGGUGAUGAUGGAAGUGGUGUUGGCGAUAGAAAUGGUGGUGGUGGUGAUGGAAGUGGAUAG